AUGGCCGACCGAUACUCGUUCUCCCUCACGACUUUCUCCCCAAGCGGCAAGCUUGUACAGAUCGAAUAUGCUCUGAACGCUGUGAAUCAGGGAGUGACAUCCCUGGGCAUCAAAGCGACAAAUGGCAUCGUGCUUGCGACAGAGAAGAAAUCAUCAUCACCCUUGAUCGAUGCUCCCUCAUUAUCCAAAGUCUCUCUUAUCACACCGAACAUCGGCAUGGUAUAUUCAGGAAUGGGCCCGGACUACAGAGUGCUCGUCGACAAGGCGCGGAAAGUCAGUCAUACGAACUACAAGCGAAUCUACAACGAAUACCCUCCCACUCGAAUCCUCGUACAAGACGUCGCACGAGUAAUGCAAGAAGCAACACAGAGCGGUGGCGUGCGGCCAUAUGGCGUUAGUCUACUGAUUGCUGGUUGGGACGAUGGCAUUGAGCCAGAGACCGAGGAAGCCAAAGAGGGCGAGACAGAAGCCGAGAAGAAGCUUGCUUCAAGAAAGACCGGUGGCAUCCUCAAAGGCGGUCCCAGUCUGUACCAAGUCGAUCCUAGCGGCAGCUAUUUCCCUUGGAAGGCUACUGCGAUUGGCAAGAGCUCAACUUCGGCGAAAACGUUCCUCGAGAAGCGGUAUAAUGAGAACCUGGAGCUUGAGGACGCCAUUCAUAUCGCACUACUAACGCUCAAGGAGACAAUUGAGGGCGAAAUGAACGGCGACACAGUAGACAUCGCAGUGGUUGGCGAUCCGUCGAACCACCUCCUCGGCUACGAAGGUGUGGAUGGCGCAGUUGGCCCAAGAUUCCGAAAACUCAGCAAAGAGGAGAUCGAGGACUAUCUGACGAAUUUCUUCAUAUCAGCAUCACUGUUAUUCAAUUUGGUCGCCGCUUCACCACUUUUGGUUCCCAGGCAAGCAGUCACAGACGCCAUCGCCCCUCCAGCAUCUCCACCACCAUCCUGCAGCAACUCAUACUCGGGCAUCUUCGGCAUUGCAGUGCAGAACCUCACAGCCAGUGACGACGGCAGCGGCUCUGCCAGACGCAGAUGGGGUCCAGGUGGUCCAGGUGGCCCAGGUGGCUCUGGCGGUUGGGACGAUGCUGAUGGGUCGUGGGCAAGCCAGGCACGACCAUCCUGUACCAGCACCCAGGUUGCAGCACCAACUGCCGCCCCGACCAGAAGAUGCAGUUGUGAGGAGGAUCCUCCGGCUCCAGCAUCGACACCGCCCCCACCUCCGAUCACUGUGGCUCAGAUCGCGCAAAUCGGAGAUGGCCAAAUUCAAGGUGGUCUGCACACCCUGACAAUGAUGCCGAUCAAUCAGAUAGGGGACGGCCAGAUCCAGAACCAACGCGUCACCUAUGCUCCCGAGAACUACACUCCGCCCACAACGACAACAUCACUUACCACUGGCGACGUCUCACCUGCCGCAACGAACACUGUCGACGCGACUAUAGCGUCCCCCUCAGCUGAUAUGAGCACAGCUUCUGCCGUGCCCACAACUACGCCUUCACCAUCCAGCACCUCCUCUAGCAACUCUACCAGCUCCGACACUGAUGGCUACGAUAUGGUAUCCUGCCGCAGCAACUCCUCUUUGCAGCUACACCUCUCUGACUCUAUCUUAACCGAUGCCCUUGGGAGAACAGGGUACAUCGCAAGCAACUAUCAGUUUCAGUUUGACGGUCCUCCGCAAUCAGAGGCGAUUUACACUUCUGGCUGGAGUGUGUGCUCGAACGGAACAUUGGCCUUGGGCAACAGCACAGUCUUCUGGCAAUGUCUCAGUGGAGACUUUUACAACCUGUACGAUCGCAACUGGGCGGCUCAAUGCUCCCCAGUUUCGUUGCGGAUAGUACAAUUCGUUGAUUGUCCGACCGAGGACACAGGCAGUGGGAACGGUACGACUACCACUCGUAGGAAGAGGAGAUCGCUUUGGGACAUGCUUGACGACCUUGGACGACCUGCUAUUGAUUCAGGCACUAUCGAACUAGGGAGAGGCACAGCUGCCCAGGCACUGGGGCUAUGGAGCAGCUCAUCUGCAGGCCGGCAACAUAUCGCCCGCAAGCAGCCAACACACGAGAAGAACGACUUCUAUCGACCAUGA